UCCUCCCCGCGGCCCCCGCCCCACCCCCAGCCCUGACCUGUCCUACUCUCUGGAGCAAGCUUGUCUGCCUGCAAGGUUGCCUGGAGUGUAUGUGAGGUGAGUGCUUAAGGUGUCUGCCAGUCAAUCUGUGUGUGGGUGUAGCAGUCUGUUUGCACAGAACCUCCAUCUAGGAUCUGGGAGGUAUCUCUUCCCUGUCUACUGGGGAACUUCCAGUUCUUCUUGCCCAGGCACUAAGGUUCCACACAAGGUCUGGAGAAAGUAGAGGGGCCUGGAACUGAGGUCCCUUAGAGGAGGGAGCAGGCCCUCUGUGGCUGCACCUCCUCCAGAGCUGGCAAAGAGGUUAUGGAACCAGUGGGGUUAAGUUCCAGCCUUGCUCUGACCCACUUUCCUCCCUGUGCCCACAUCCCCUGGGGCCAGGGUGUUGGGUGGGGCCAGCUUGGCACCCCUGCACCCACACCUGGGACUUCCCCUCCGUGGAAACUCCCAGGACCUGGGUGUCCUGCCUCCCUUGCCAACUCCCACCAACUGCCUGGGUUCUGUUCAGCUUCAGUGAAUCUCCCUGUCUGUCAGACUACAGCUCCUCUCCAGCCCUAGAGGACCCAAGGAUGUGAGCCCACCCUCUGGGGCCAUCUUUGAUGUUUGGCUGCCUGUUCUUGUGGAAUCUUCUGAAGAAAAGAUGUGAGACUGGGGUGGGGUGGUAUUGGGAAGUUAUCCUUUGUGUACUUACUAUGUACCAGACAUUGUGCUAGGUAUUAUAUUAUCUUAUUGAAUCCAAAUAGCAGUUCAGAGAGUAGCAGUUAUCAUCUUCAUUUCCCAGAGGAGGAAACUGAGAACCAGAGAGGUUAAGUGACUUGUCCAAUAUCACACAGCUAGGUAGCAACAGAGCUAAAAUGGGAAUCCAGGUCUUGGUGGUCCUGAGUUCUCUUCACCGCAAUAUACUUCCGCCCUUUUUCCUGAACCUGCCUACCUCUGUAUGGGAUGAGAGACUUUGGGAUUUAAUUCAGUGCAAUUCAGCAAAAUUUUAUUGAGCAUCUGCUGUAUGCUAGGCACUGAUAGGUGCCAGGAAUACAUAGAAGGUGGCCAUCUGUCUUCAAGGUCUGGUGGGAAGGGCAGGUGUAUGGACUAGGAAGUGUCAAACUUCAGGAUACGGAUCUCAACACGGUGCUAUGGAGCAAAGAAAGAAGCAGUACUUUUCUCUUUAGGUAUGGAGAAUAUAAAUAUAUUAUGAACAGUGUGAAUAAACCGGAAUUAACUGCCGUCCAGAUCAAAAAAUAGUAUUUCCUGUACUCUAGAAGCUCCCCAUGUGUCCCUUCCAGCUCCUAAUUCCCUUCUUCCCCUAAAAGGUAGCCACCAGUCUGACUUUUGUGAUAAUUAUGUCCUUGUUUUUCUUUAUAGUGUCAGAAACUAUGCAUGUAUCCCUAAAUAAUAUUGCUUAAUUUUGCCUGUUUUUGAGGAUCAUAUAAAUGAAAUAUUGUACUACUCUUUCGUGUCUUAUUUUGCUCAACAUCUUGUUUGGGAGAUAUAGCCAAGCUAUUGCACAUAGCUUUCUUUUGUUCAUUUUCAUUGUUGCAUAGUUUUCCAUAGCACGAAUAUAUCACUUUUUUUUUUUCAUUCUACUGCUGAUGGAUAUUGGAUCUGUUCUCAGUUUGGGCUACUAUAAACAAUACUGCUAGGAACAUUGCUGCAUGUUUCCCAGUACACGCAGACAAGAGUUCUUCUGGGAUAUAGAACUAAGAGUCAAAGUCUAUGAUGUACAGGCUCGACUGGAACAGAUAAUGCCAAACUGUUUUCCAAAGUGGUUGUGCCAAUUACACAGGAAGCAGAACGUUCUACCCAGGGGCAGGUGUAGGACUAAGAAGACUCCUACGCUUUCUUACUUAAAACCCUCCAGUGGUUUUCCCUUUUUACUUAGCAUAAGAUCCAAGCUCCUUGCCAUGACUCCCAAGGCCCUGUGUGAUGGAGCCCCUGCCUUACUCUCUGACCUGUGCUGUUUAUUACGCUCCCCUUUUCUCAUUGCACUCGCUGUCUCUGCUCUCUGGAAUGUUCUUCCACUAGUAAUUUCCAUCGCCGGCUCCCUCACUUCCUUCAGGUCUUCACUAAAAAGUCACUUCUCAGUGAUGCCUUCCCUGAUCAUCCCCAUUUUACACAGUAGCCUCCACCACUUCUUAUGCCUGUCUCAGUUUUAUUUUUCUCCAUAUCCCAACCUUCAGGACUCCAUCUAGCCUCAGGCAGCUCUCCCUCUGUCUGCAGUGCUUCAUAGACGCUCUCUCUCUCAAAGUGCUAAAUGGCUGUCAGACCAGACUGUUGGGGGCUGUUUAGCUGUCCUCGAUGACUGAUUCAUCUUUCUCUGAGUCACUUUUUAUCAUAUCAUUCUGCUUUUUCAUAACCAUUCUAAUGCCCUGAAAUAAGCUAAUUUGUUCCUUUGUUUACCUGUUUGUUUUUGUCCCCCACCCUGCCUCACCAUUCUCUCUUGCAGAAACACCAUCAGAGGGGACAUGUAGCUGUCUUGCCCACUACCAAGGCCAGUGCCUGAUGCGUAAUAUAAACGAAAAAACCAAAGCCGUUGCCAUCAAGUUGAUUCCGACUCAUAGUGACCCUAUAGGACAGAGUAGAAUUGGAAGCUGCUGGUGGAUUCGAAGAAUUGCCAACCUUUUGGUUAGCAGUCAAGCUCUUAACCACUGCACCACCCAGACUGGUUGCUAGUCUUCCAGGGACAGCUAGGCACCCCCAUCCCCAUACCUGGAAACUCCCAGAAUUCACGCAUCCCACCUCCCCUGCCUACUGCCACCAAUAUCAGUCUCCCAGAGCUCUUCUGCUGCUGCUGCUGCCCCUGCUUCUUCCCUGAGUCCCCUCCGUGGGCUGCUUGGGGCCUGAAACAGCAGUUCUGCCCAUCAGGAUUGGAGAGUGAUGGGUGGGGAGCCUCACCCAGGCAGGUGGCAGGUGCCUAGGGCUCAAGAAAUACUUUUUGAUUGAAUGAAGGGGAAGGCCUCCCAGGGGAUAGGACCUUGCGAGGUGGAGAAGAGAAAUAGGGCACUGCAAGCAGAAGGAUCGGUGUGAACAAAGGACGGGAGGCAUGAAAGUGCGCAUCAUAUUUGAAGAACAAGUUCUGGUCUGGUGUGGUUGGAGGGUUUUCAGUUGAGGGGAGGGUAGCAGGAAAGCACUGCUAGGCAGGCCUGGAAGGGGAGGGCUGAGCUCCCUGCAGGAUCAGCAAGGCUCAGCGUGUCUUAGGUUUAAUCUUGCUCCCGUCCCUGCCCCCACAGUCUGCCCCUCCUGCUCUUCCCCAUUCCUCUUCACCUAGCCCCCAGCCUGGCCGCUCCUGCAGCUGAAUGGAAUGGACUUCUCUUUGGGGCUACGCGUGGGACCUCGCAACAAGAAAAUUGCCCUCCAACAGCCUCCUACUCUCUCUGGGCACAGCCCACCAGCUGCCUCUCCUUGCCUGUCUUGUCUCCACUCUGUCUGUGCCUGCCCCUGCCCUGCCUGUCUCCCUCCCAUCUGCUCCUGCACUGCCUGUCCCUCUCACACAGCUACCUGCCCCUCCUGUCCCAGCCUUCCUGGCCCACCCUGCACCUGCUUCUGCCCUCCCUGCCCUGCCUGUCCAUCCUUGGUUGGUCCCCAUACCUCCUGCAUUCUCUGUGCCAGUCCACCGUUGACCUGCAGUCACCUCCCACCUUGCCCCAUUUACCCUUGCCCCAAGGGCCGAGCUGCCUAUCCGAGCUCCCGCUUGGGCUGCAGUGACAGCUGCAGCGACAGCUGUGGCCAUGGCAGAGGGGCUGCCUGGGGCCCUCCAGGCUCCACUGGCCACUGCAGCUGCUGCUUCAGGGGGCAACGCACCUCUCAGGGGUGCUGCCUGAUAGUAUAGGAGGGCUGCUGCCCCCCUGAGAAAUUAUCAGUCUCCCAGAGCCCUUCUGUAGCUGCCUUCUCAGUUUCCAGAGUCCUUCCCACCUCCCCACACCCACCCCUCAUCCGAUGGGGAGUGGGGGUAAGGGCAGGGAGGCAGGCUAGAUGGGGCUUGAAGCAACAGCAGCUCCAGAUGGACCCCUCACUGAGGCAGGUAGAGGCAGCAGGCUGUGAACAGCCCCCUGGCCUCCGCCUCUGUCCCUGCUGGGUGAGAAGGGGCAUGUGCUUUGAAGUUAGUUUCUGGGCAAGCGUCCGGUGGCUCCAGAACCUCCUCCUCUGCAACUUCUGGAAUGGAAAAUGUUCUCAGGGCCUUUCCCAUGGCCCCUGAAGGUGAGCAAGUUGGCCAUUUCUUUCCCUCUAGUCAGCCGCCUUGGAGAUCCCUUCUUUGCUAGUCUCCUUUGCAGCUCACGUGGAUAAAAUGGUCUCCUCCUCUAGAGAAGUUAGGGGGUCCUUUGUCCAGGGGCCACUUCUUUCCUUGGACCUCUGCCCAUCUCCUUGAUUGACUCAAGAGUCUCUGGACCCUGACCUCUCACCUUGAAUCAGGCAAAGAAGGUCUGUGGCCCUUGGUCCAGAAAAGGAGGCUGAGCAGAGGGUUCCUGGAUCCUCCCUCCCCUCAGAUAUCCUGACAGCCUUCACAGUCCUUAGCUUCUCAGAACCUGGUGCUCUGUAGCUGGACAGCUGCCUUUCAAAUCCCUGAGAGCUCUCUGAGCUUCAUGACCUCAAUAUUACAGCAAUAAUCCCAUCUGAGACAUCUAUGCUCCUCUGGCUUGGGGACUGAGGGAAGCUAGGAACCCUUGACUCAGGCUCCCAGUUAUUUCAUCCACACAUAAAAACCAAAAAAAAAAAAACAAAACCCAUUGCUGUGGAGUCAAUUCCAACUCACAGCAACCCUACAGGACAGAGUAGAACUACCCAUAGGGUUUCCAAGAAGCACCUGGUGGUUUUGAACUGCUUACCUUUUGAUUAGCACCCAUAGCACUUAACCACUACACCACAAGGGUUUCUAACUCUUAUACUAGUCUGUUUCAAUCUUCUUUUUCUCAGCCUCCUUCUCUGCGACCUUUUGUUCUUUCCUAUUUCUGUUAAUCUUCCCUUCUUUCUAUUUCACUCUCCAUUUCUGUUUCCUUCUCUCAGUCCGUCACUUGGACAUUCUGCCUUUACCUAGCUUGUGUCUCUGCAUUUGUUCUCCCCACUCUCUAUCCCUCUAUUUCUCCUUCUAUCUAUUUUCCCUUCUAAUUUAAAAUCAAUGUAACAUGUCUUUUUCUUGCCUUCUUCCCUAUCUCAAUCCCUGUCUUCAUUUGGUUUUCCCUGUAUCACUCUGCUUUUCUGUCCUAUUUUGCUUCUGGGUUCAUUUUGCUCUCUAUUCCAUUUCUGUUUCCCCU